AUGGCGUCAUUGAACCGGUCGCUUUUAUCGUUAUCGAAGCGGGUCAUCUGUGAUGUACGUGGCAUGAAGAAAUACCCGUUUCCUGUGACCUAUGAGAGUUGGUUUUCUUUUCUUGUAUAAUUGUUAUCGUUUUAUUGAUUAGAUGUACGUUUUCCACCCAAUGGGCAGCUCAAACUACCUGCCAUGGCCGCAGAACCGUUCUAUGAUGCCGAAAAAGGAGAGAAAAAGUUGCUUUCUCGUUAGUUUUUACAUUAAAGCUUUGAGUUGAUAGGUACAAAUCUACGAAGCGGAUGAUCGAAGCAAGAGGAAUCGAGGAAAUUCACACGGAAUUGAUUCACGAGCAAUAUGGAUUGGCCGCAAUUUCCGGCGGUUUCAUUUCCAGCGACGACUUCAAAUUCCUUCAAGUUGGCUUCCAUUUUUCUUGAUUUCAUGGUUUUUUGGAUUUUCAGGACAGAAUAAACAAGAAUUUGGUCGACAAGCAAUUUGCAGUUUGGCGUGUUGAUCCGCCAUGGCUUCCCAGAACCAAAAAGGCUCAAGGUCUUUCAUAUAGAAAGUCAAAAACCCCUUUAAAUGACCCCAAAAAUAAUUUUUUUGUGUUUCAUUAAGAAAAACAUCCUAAAGGGUUAUUUUUUACUUUUUUUAUAUUCCAUUUUUGAAGUUCAAUUGGAUAAGAUCUUUAAAUUUCGGUUUUCAGGAACCCGGCUGGGUGGUGGAAAAGGAAGUAUCCAGAAAUAUGUUACGCCAGUGAAAGCGAAACGGAUAAUUCUGGAAGUUGGUGGCUACAUUACCGAAAUUGAGGUUUUUUUGAGUUUCGAAACGGUUAAAAAUCGACUUUUUCAGGCCCAAGCUUUCCUUUUUUAUCUUUGCGAAAGAUUUUCAUUCCCCGUUGAGUUUGUGAGCGAAUCCAUGUUGGCGGAACGUCGGAGGAAGGAAGAGCAAGAAAGAUUAUUGAAUAAGAAUCCGUUCAAUUGGGACACUGUCAUAAAGUUUGUUUUAUUUCCAAAGACGGGAAAAUACUUCAGUGGCCACUUAGGAGAUUCCUCAAGAACCACUUGGAGAGGACACUAAAGUGGUCACUAAAACCACUUCUAUAGAAGCCAUUUUUUGCGUCUUAGUGGCCACUACAGUAGUUUUUAGUAGUCUACUAGUACCAAUUAGACUUCUAAAGAGGCCAGUGAUGUUUCGCCACUUAAGUGGUCAUUAUUUCAACUACUAUAAUGACCACUAAAACGUCAAAGCCCUAAAGUGGUCACUAAAAAAUUUCACAGAAGGUGUAAAUUUAAAAUUUCAGGUACAACAUGCAAAAUUGCAGCAGUUGGCUUUCAAAUUACGACAUCGAAUGGAAGGGAAAAUAUCGAUAG